CAAGCCCGCAAGAGUAGAAAACUAUCAAUUCCAAGAGAAAACUACUCAAGAAAUUUAGGUACAUGUACUCUGCUCGUUGGCAAAGCAAAUUAGAGCCAAAGCAACUGACCUCUGUACUGAUUGUGGCUACUGCCAAUUAGUACUGCAAUGGAUCGUUAUGAGUCUCAUGGUUUGUUGGGAAUUCUGAUCGAAUUCGGCCAACUCCUCAACAAAUCCAUGCUCAUCGUAACUGCAAUUGACAUUCUCCUCAGCUCCCUUCUCUUUUUCACCAAAUUCUUCUCCAAUAAGCGGGCACUAUACCAUUUUGAAUCCCUGAAAACAUUGCUGAUUACCAUCCCCAACAACUUAAUUAUUCUUCUAUCGUUCAAUGAUGUGCAAGGAGAUGUUCGAAAGGUUUUGGGAUCUGGUUGGGUUUUCUUGCCUGCUAUCCUCGCUUACGAUCUCUUCUCUAUAGCUGCAAUGGUUCUAGUUGGCCGUGGGAAGAGGCUUUCUUCCACAAAUUUUCUUUCGAGGUUGGCAAGGUCACUUGUAAGGCCAUUUGUCAAAUUGUAUUGCUUUAAUCUCUCCAAUUUCAGAUUCAUCUUCCUUUCAUUGGUUUUCCUAAUUUUUCUAGUGAUCAUACUUUUUGAUCACACCAUUUCCAUCUUUUGGCUUGGUGUCGCAACCUUAAUUCUGGGGUUGUACUUGUCGGUGGUUUGGACUUUACCCAUGGUAAUCUCUGUGAUUGAAGAGGGUUAUGAAACGGAGGCAAUAGGGAAGGCUAAGAAGCUUGCUGAAGGCAAGAAGCUACAUGGUUUUGCCCUAAGUUGUCUCUUCGCGAUGAUGGGUGUAGGCUGGAUUUUGAUGCACGAAAUUCAGAAACAGCAAUCAAACCAGAUCGUUGUAUGGUUUCUUACUAGAGAUUUUACUUGCCUGGCAUUGAUGUUUCAAUUCUUGAGCUACACAGUGUUCUAUUUGGAGCGCAAGAAGGCACACGGCGAAGAGAUGGGAUUGUUAGAUAGCACAGAAUAUAGUAAAAUACUCUCCACAGAGCUAGCCUAAUUGUUUAUUUAUGUGUACCUUCUUUGUGUUUCUUUCAAAUGUAUCCCUUUUGAAAUAGUAUAUAGGUACUGAACUUGAGAAGUGUGAUUUUCUCUUUGAAUUGGUCGGUUCCUUGUUCUCUAAAGU